AUGGUAGUGGCACAGAGAAAAUAUAUUUGUUCGUUUUGUGCUAAGGCAUUUUCAAGAUCUGAGCAUAGAAUAAGGCAUGAAAGAUCACAUACAGGUUAUAAACCUUUCCAAUGUAUACUAUGUCAACAUUCUUUUGUUCGUAGAGAUCUGGUCCAAAGACAUAUCAAAACUGUACAUAAAUAUGUUUUACUGAAUAACAAAGAUAUUCUUUUAGAAAUUAUAGACUCUUUAAAUGAACUUACAGAUAACAAGAACAAGAAUAAGAACAAUAAUAACGAUGGUCACACUAAAAAUAAGACUACUAUUCCUUCUAACUUUAAUAUUUUGAAAAUAUUAAAAGAUUUAAAUGUCAAUCUGGAAAGGCACUCAAAUUCAAAUUCAAAUUCAAAUUUUGACCAUUUUCACGUUAAAAAUAACACAAAUACUGAUGGCAAUAGCCAUAUAUUGGCCGUUACAGAAGACGAACUUUCAAUAUUGGACAAAAUAGUUAAAUUUUUUGUUAAUUAUAAAGAUUCUAUUAAUGAUCCAAAGUUGGAUAUGAAAAAAUAUUCUAAACUAUAUCAUAAAGAUAAAACUUCAUCAAUUGUAGGGAAUAAGAGUGAAAGUAAACAAAACGAUACAGAAACUUGCAAGAAACCAUUUUUAAAUACUUUAUCAAAUGGAAUGGUGAUUUUCCAAAAUAUUUCAAAUAGUGUAAAUGAAGUUGAAAAUGUUAGUAACGACAAUAAAAAUGCCCUUGAUACAUCUCUAUUUGUAACCCAAAUAUGCUCAGACGAUAUCAAUUGGAUUAAUUAUAUCAAUAACGAAAUAUUUAUCAAUUUAAGGAAUGAAUUGCCAAGUCUUUCCAACUUUAACGUUUCAGAUUUUAUAAAAUAUUUCAAUAAUGGUUUUAAAUUUAUUUUGGUUCAUGGAGAUUUUAAUGAUGACGAAUCGAUAAAUAUAUCUUCCAUCUCCUCAUCACCUUCCAUUUCCACUUCUUCUUUUGCUUCCAAUACAGACAAUCUCCUUUUUAUCCACUAUUUAACUCAUUCUUAUAAAAAUUUGGAAUCUUUAUGGGGGGGUUAA